UGCUCCUUCGCUCCCACUCCUUCUCCCUCUUUUCCCUCUUCUCUCCCUCUCUUCAUUCCACAGCUUGUCAGUCAAGCAACCAAACACUCCGAGACACACCAUCGUCGCCAUGUCUGGCCAGCAGCAGCAGUUCUACCCGCCUCCGCCUGGCGCAGGCGCAGGCCAAGCACCGCCGCCGCCGCAGCAGCAACAAUAUGCUCCUCCUCCACAGCAGUAUCAGUCGCCGCCUCAGCAGCAAUAUGCGCCGCCUCCGACUUCACCUCCCGCGAACCAGACACAGUUUUACCCUCCUCCUCCUCAAGGAACGCCGGGACAGGCACCGAUCUAUGCUCCUCCACCCCAGCAUACGCCUUCUCCACAGAUUCAACAGCCUUCGCCGGGUCAUUACCCCCCUCCUCCCGGGAACCAGCCGCCUCAGCACCAGCACCAGCAUUCGCAAUCGCAACAGCUGAACUUGGCUAUGCGCCCAGCUGCAACUCCUGAUUCUGGCCACUACCAGCAGCAAUCGCCGCCGCCCCAGCAGCUCCACCAACAGCAAAUCCAGCAACAGCAGCAACAGCAGCAACAGCAGCAACAACAGGCACCGCCUCAAUUCGCUCCUCCUCCGUUCCCCCAGCAGCAGCAGAACGCCCCUUAUCCCCAGGAAAAGCCGUCGGUUCAGAAUAAUCAGGGUGGCCCGGCAAACGUGGCCGUUGGAGCCCCGCCGCCGACUAACUUUGUUGGAGCUGUCGCGACGACCGAUGAUGUUGGCACUUUUAAUGGGGGCAGCUACCGCAUCAGCCACCGGGAUACGAACACGAUCUUGACCAUUCAGUUGGCCAUGGGCGCCCCAUUACAUGCCAAGCCAGGUGCCAUGGUCGCCAUGUCUCCAACAAUCACUCUCAAGGGCAACGUCAAAUUUAGCGUCAAGAAGAUCAUCGCAGGUGGAGAGCUCGCCAGCUCGACUUACACAGGGCCGGGAGAGCUUAUCCUCGCCCCGGCUUCUUUGGGAGACAUUACGAGCAUACGAUUGACCGGCAAGGAGCAGUGGUCAGUGGGACACGACGCCUAUUUGGCCUCUACUCAGGCUGUCGUCAAAGAUUACAAGCGACAAGGUCUGGGCAAGGCGAUUUUCAGCGGUGAGGGUCUGUUUGUCUACAAGAUUUCUGGAACCGGCUUGCUCUGGGUGUCGAGCUUUGGCGCCAUUAUUAGAAAAGACCUUGCGCAAGGCGAAAAGUACAUUGUGGACAAUGGUCAUCUUGUGGCGUGGAAUACAAGCUACGUCCUGGAGCGUGUGGCUUCUGGAGGUAUCAUUUCUGGCCUUUCUUCAGGAGAAGGCCUUGUUUGCAAGUUUACUGGCCCCGGCACAGUCUUCCUGCAGACCAGAAACCCGAGAGAGUUUGCCGCCUUUAUUGGAGGCAUCGCCCCUCAGAAUGCCUAAGGGGAAAGCUGAUGGCUGUAGGUAGGGAGUAGAGAGGUGUGCUCACCUUAUGGCAACGCUGUACGCGAAAACUGACAAACAUGUUUUUGGAAAAAGAUGGCCUGUCCCUUUUUUUGUAUUAUCUCUGUUUGGACAUUUAUGCACUUCUUGGAGUUUGAGUUCAGCGAUGGAGGACUUUUAGUUUGAUUACCAUUACAUUACAUGCCUAUGUAACCCAUAUAUACUGGGAUUCUGUUGUUGUUUCUCUC